GAAAAUCGACCAUCUUUACUCUUGUCUCAUCAUUUUAUUCGAUAUUUUGGGGAUUUGUCUGGAGGUCAAGUUUUAAAAUACAAGAUGAGGAAACGCUUUCAACUUUCAGAAAAUGAUGACAAUGGUCUCCAGUUUUAUGAAUUUAAAAAUAUCGAAAAUAGCAACAAAUUCAUGAAGUUCUACAUCAAUCGUAUGAACGGUUUAGAAAUGUCCAGUUCUACUUAUAAUGAAGUUUUAGAAGAAGCUCGAAAUGUCUUUCAAUUAAAUAUUGAUUUA